ACAGACAAAAUUCUGUUAUUUAAUCAUCUUAAAUGAAGUACAUAUCGUAAUCCUAUUACAUACUACAGGAUAAAACAUGGACCAUAUGUUUUAUUCACAAGUUUUGACUAUUACUUAGAUUCAGACAAAUCAAAACGGACAACUAACUAUCUUCCAAAGAUGGAAAGUGACGGCUCAAGGCAAUGAAUUAUAUGAAAAAGGGCAAUUUAUUUACAAAACUAAUGAAUAGUGUUCGAUUUUCACUAGAACCGGAUAUUAGUUGUAUUUGAAAUAUAUCAGAAAUGAACCAUUUGUAUACAAACUGAAAAUUUCUAUCAAUUUGAAAGCUUGAGGUGUUGUUUUUGCAACAUUGACAGUUACUGACAUGAUGGAACAAUGCAAUAUGUCAAACUAACACUUUUUAAGUACCAAACAAUAGAUACACUUUAAUGUAUUUAUUGUGGUCAAAAACUGCGACCAAAAGAAAAAGUGCGAUAUAAGUUGUCCACAACAGGAUAUAUCAAUUCUCUGUCCAUUAUCUGAGUUUAGCUGGACAGGUAUUUCCGUACUUUUAACAAACUAUAUUGGAUUUUGGUAAGAAUGUAUCUAGGAAUUAAGUUAAUACGACAAAAUCCUUUCUAUAUGUUUUAAUGUGUUUUUCGAAAGAAGUGACAGCUCUCCUGGUAGACAGCGUUAAUUGCCAAGAUGUAAAUUAUAGCUGAAUUGCGUUAAAUGCAUAAUAAGUUAGCUUUAAAAAGGAAAUAAUGGACUCUGAUGAAAAUAACCUAGGAUUAUACAAUCUUGUUCAGAACGUGUGGGAAUAUUACAAAUAUCGUUUGCUGCAUCUGUCGUCUGCUUCUGGCGAAAAGCUGAAGAGUUCUGUUGACGAUGACGUCUUUGAGCCAGAUAAUUAUUCAGAUGGAAGUUGUUAUUCACAGACAAGAAGUUUUGACAGAUUUUCAACUCGCACACUUCCGGUGAGACGGAAACGAUACCACUCCUAUGACAAAUCUUAUGUCCAUAAUGAGAAUACCCCUGGGCAAAACUCGAUUUCUCCACAUGAGCCUUGUUGUUAUAACAGAUCUCCAGCAAAACGUAAAAGAGAUCUUUUUUUGAAGCGGCGAUCAUAUUCUUCAAAUUCUUUACCGACGAGAGUCGCAAGCGCACCAUGUGAAUUAAGCAGCAUGGCGGAAUGUGAUGAAAAUGAAACUGAUGUCGAUUUGUUCGAGACGGACCAGAAACAAAGUGAAAGUAGUAAUAGUCGCCAUUCAUCCAUUGAUAGUUGUUAUAGUGAACUGUCGAGCUUGCCGGAUAGAAGACGAUCGUCGUGUAACAGUUGUUGUUCAGGUGUUGAUGGAAUAUAUAGUGUUUUUGAUAUUGUGGGAGAAAGUUUCGAGGCAAGAUUUCCAUGGCAAAGGGAUGUUGCUACACAAUGUAAUAUAGUGAUCGACUACAACAAAGACAGUUCACGAAGGUGUUCAGGACAAAACUUACUAGAUUCACCGACAUCCCAACAAUUACUUAGGCGUAAAAAGUUAGGUCAAAGACCACAUUCAAUAGGUUGUGUUGAAAACGAACUUUAUGAUGAGGAAUUAUUAAGGGUACGGUUUGAACAUUCACAACAACCAAGAAAGUCGGAUUCGUGUUUACAGGUUUCACCUAGAAGUCAGCGUCGGCGCUCAUCCCCGUUUUAUUUAGAUGACUUUGGGUCUGGUUCAGUUUCAGAUCUUGGAUCAAUUUCGGAAAUCCCAGAUUUUGAAAGGGAAAACAGUAUUAUAACAGAUGGUGAGGUUUCUUCCUUAUGUCGUGAACUGAGACAGAUAGCUAUCAAUGUGCAAUAUGAAAACGAGACCAUAAGUAUUCUUCCUUCUCCUCGAGUUUCUCCUUUGAUGUUUUCAGAAAGGCCUGAAAUAUUGAAUGGAGAUGAUAACAAAGAUGAUUCCAGGUUUCUGAAAGUUCCAAAAAAGACAAACAGACGAGCAAAUUCCUUACCAAAUUCCAGUGAGUCAGACACAGAAAGAGAACCUUCACCUCCAGUUUCCCGACGAGGACGUAGAUCUGCAAUCGUUGACAUGAAGAAUUUUGGUGAUGUUUCUCCAAGCACGUUAUCCCCAGAAAUUUCUCCAUGUAAUUCUUGUGAUGAAGGCGAUAAUGCUAGCAAUCUUGCAGAACGCCUUAGACGUAGACGCAGCUCUGUCGAAAUGAACAUGUCUGUAUACCCAGGCGAUCUGCUCGUUCAAGACGAUCCACACAAGAAAUUACUGAAAAGAAAUACUAUAUCGGAUUUUUAUCCCACUAAAAAUGGCACAACGACUUUGACAGACGAUUCCAAGAAAAGACAGUCAUUUUCCUUAUUGAAGUUGAUGAAAACAAGAAGUAAGGAAUCGUUGCCACGACUUGAAGAUAUUCUAAGCCAAAUCACGCCGUCAGAAUUCAAAGACAAUCAUUUAACGGCAUACAAGACGCUGCAUUGGUCAGAUUUAGUGGCCAGCUCUGACAAACAACAGGAUGAAAUUACGAUACCAGACAAAGAGAGAAAACGACGUGAGGCAGUAUGGGAAUUAUUCAAAAGUGAAUGUGUUUUCUUAAUAGACCAUCUGAUGGUGCUGAAGCAUUGCUUCAUGGAACCGUUGAAAAAGGUUCAGGUAGAGGGACAUUUAAUGUUUGCUGAACCCCAUGAUAUUUUUGGCAAUUUAGAUGAACUUUGCUAUGUAAGCUAUACUUUUUGUAAAGACUUUAUAUCUGCUUUGGUGAAGGAUAUGAGUUCUACAGAUUUUGGCAGUACAAAUGUGCUUGUACGAGCUUUUGAACGGUUCACAACACAUUCCAGAGAUGGUGGAGUAUAUCACACCUACUGUUUAAAUUAUGUUAAUGCAUUAGGGUACCUUGACCAGUUACGUCGCCAUGAUGACUUUGCUGAUUUUGAAAAGUGGUGCACCUCUGACCAAAGAUGUAACCGAUUACAGUUAAAUGAUUUACUGGUAGCGCCCAUGCAGCACUGUACAAAAUUUCCUAUGUUACUUUUAAAUAUUAGAAAAUAUACGCAAAACUCUACAGAACAAGAGCUGCUGUCAGAACUUAGAGAAAAAGUAGAAUUUUCACUGAAAAAGAUGGAAGAUAAAUUAAAGUGGGUAAAAAAUUAUGAACGUUUACAAGAUAUACAGAAUCAGUUAGUAUGGCCAUCAAUCUCAGAUAUUGACCCGAGAGCGCUUAUUCCAGAUUUCCUAAAAACCAGAUUAUCAAGACAACCUUGUGAAAGACUUAUAUGUAGUCCAGGUAGACAGCUUCUUCAUGAGGGAUUCUUAACUCUUGUUGAUUCUGCCAAAUCUAAUGAAAUGUAUGUGUUUCUUUUUGAUGACAUCUUAUUAAUAACAAAACCUAAGAAACUUCAAAGAAAGAAACAUUCAUUUGAUAGUAAUUAUAUGAAGAUGCAGACAAUGUCAACAGUAGACAAAGGAACUUAUGUUGUAAUAAAACAACCAAUGUCACUAGAUCGACUCAGUUUACACGAUAUAGGUCAUACAGAGGCGACAGCCAACGGUUUAAAGAAUGCAUUUGUUCUUGUACAGAUAAGUCGAUAUCAACAAGUUAUAGGCGUAUACACCUUCCAAUGUCCGAAUGAAAUGAUGAAGGUCAAAUGGAUGGAUAAGAUUACAGAAGCUAGGGCUAGGAUCGUAUCGGGACCUACUAAAAACAAUUCAUUUUUGGAUAAAUUCAAGCAGUCCAUAGCGUCACCACCACGUUCACCGCCAGUUAGCAGUGAUUUUUUGAAAACCCGUAGAGCAAGACGACCACAGUCCUUGAAGUCUUCUCAUGGAAAAUCUCUGUCAAUGGAUGCAGUGUAUUUAUGACCCGGCUUGUAAUGUUAAUGAAUGAAAAGACCACCAAAUUAGCUAAGAGAUAUAUAUAUUACAUAUUUUAUAUAUGUCGAACUAGUAUGAAAACGGAAGCUGCAAGAAUUUUCGCUUGUUAGAUUGUGCUUUAGAAUAACACAAACAUUCGACAAAACAAAUGGAUUGGAAUUCUGAUGUUUUAAACUAUUUAAACCUUUUUAAAACUUAAAACAUUAAAUUUAUAUUAAAUAAUUUCAAAACCACAACUCAAAUUGAAUAUUCCGUUUAUAUUCAGUUAUGAAUGUAGGAGAUAAGAAUUGUGACAAAUUCAUUCACAUGUAUACAUUGUAUGACAUAUUUAAACUUCUGAUACAACAACUGUCAACAUAAUGUCAACCAGUUAUCAUUAUUCAGGAAAAAUAGAAGUUGCACAAUUCUUUAGGUAUUUUAUUACCAAUGUGACCCCAGACACAUUUUAUACAAAAACCUACAUAUCGUUCGUCAAUAAAUUUAGAAAGGAUUAAGCUGAAGAGAAAAAUCUGCACUACCUUCAGAAAAUUAUUACUCAAAUAGCUCAACUGCAUUGAAUUAGUAUAAAUGUAACGGUUAUCCAUCUAAAGUUUGUUGAAAACAUAUAUCAAUAUCUUAGAAAACUACAAAUAAAGUGGUUAACUUAACGAACUUCUUCAAGGGUUUGAAAAUUAUUUACCAUGGCAUUGCCUACUAUUGAACAGCGGUAUACUUAGUUGCCUUUAUCUACUAUGUUUACAGAGACUAAACAAACAAGAUGAAGAGAUGGCACAAAUCACCCGUGAUAACAGACAAAUGAAAUGAGAUAUAAAUUUUUCAUAAAUCAUACUUUCGACAUCAAAAUACUACUGAUACAAGUGUAUUCAAGUACUUCAGAUAAAAGAAACAAUGUUCUACUUAUUAUUUGAAGAUUGCUGCUAAUCAUUGUAUUUUCUAUUCUAUUCAAACGUUUUUAUCCGAUGAAUAAAGCAACAAAAAUAUCUAACUGAACGAGAUACUUUUUCAAAAAGUUCCAUUUAUAUGUUGAAAUAGCAUGUUCAUUAUUAUAUUUUGAAUAAUCAAGUUUUUUUUAUUCAUGCUAUUGUUGUUAACAUUUCAUAUCAUUUCAUGUCAUGCUCACCAUAUCAUAUUUGUUAAUGUUUUUAAACAUAUUUAAAUGAUAUAAUUGUUCAAUAAAAUACCAAGAAACCAAAA